AUGUUCUUCUUGCGAAAUCUAGCUUCCAUGUCUACUCCACCCAUUGAAGAAGCAAGAAAGGCCCUUGAGUCUGGAGAUUUUUCGAAUGCAGAGAAGAUUUACCAGGAGAUACUACUGGUGAAAAAUGGAGAAAGUCAGUCGUCCUCGUCAAAGGAACAACUUGUUCAGAAGCAAGAACAAUCCAUACUGGAAUUAGGUCAAUUGUACAAGGACCAUAACAAAAAGCAAGAACUUGUUAAUUUGAUUCCGAAAUCUAGAGCUAUAAUGGGUUCCUUUGCAAAGUCUAAAACUGCCAAAAUAACCAAACAUUUAAUAGAUCUUGUGGAAAGUUUACCAGAUUCGCUGGACCUGUCUAUCGAAAUCACUAAGGACUGUAUUGCCUGGGCUGUGGAAGAGAAACGUUCAUUCUUACGUCAGUCAUUACAAUUAAGACUAGCAUCACUCUACUAUCGGAAAACAAGCUUCUUAGAUUCCAUUGCCAUCAUUGACAAGUUAUUGAAAGAAUUCAAAAGAUUGGAUGAUAAAUCCUCAUUGGUAGAAGUCCAACUUUUAGAAGCCAAGAACUACUUAUCUCUGAAAAACUUUGCCAAAUCCCGAGCUUGCCUCACCUCAGCCAGAACAUCAGCGAAUUCUAUUUACUGCCCUACUCAGUUGCAAGCUGAAUUGGACUUGAUGAGUGGUAUACUGCAUGCAGAGGACAAGGAUUUCAAGACUGCGUUUUCUUACUUCUACGAAUCGCUCGAAAACUUUGCGUUACAUGAUGAUGAAUCGAAGAGCAUAAUAGUUUUGAAGUAUAUGUUACUCUCGAAGAUUAUGCUCAAUCUCGUUGAUGAUGUUGUUCAGUUGUUGAAGAACAAAACUAUUUCCAAGUAUACAAAUAAUAGAGACAUCGAAGCCAUUAGGGAAGUGUCAAAAGCCCAUGACAAUCGUUCUUUAAGAGAGUUUGAAGAAUGUCUAAGAAUUUACAAUCAAGAACUAGCUCAAGAUCCAAUUGUUAAGUCUCACAUCAUGGAUCUUUACAACUCACUCUUUGAGCAGAAUUUGCUCAAGCUAAUAGAACCUUAUUCAGUAGUUGAGGUUUCAUACCUAGCCCAACAAAUCGGUCUAUCCACAAAGGUGGUGGAGAAUAAAUUAGGACAGAUGAUUCUAGAUAAGGUUUUUUUUGGCGUUCUUGAUCAAGGUAAUGGGUGGCUGAUAAUCUACGAAGAAUCGCAGGCUGACAAGAGUUACGAAAUAAGCUUAGACCUGAUCAAAAAUAUGUCCAAGGCUGUUGAUUUGUUGUAUGAGCGAGCAUCAACUUUGAAUUAA